UUUUGAUUUUCAUUGAUUUUCAAACGGAACAUGUACAAGCUUGAACAUUAAACAAAAAGAUGCAGAAACAUCAACCAAAAUAAGAAAAACACCCACGGCAGAGCUUUUUGGGUAAGAUGGAUCCAGAUCAGAUGGGAGGGAUCCCACCCACGGGACCAGGCUCCUAUCGUCUCCUUCACCAUCAUUCCCAGAAGGCUCCUCUGUUCAGAAAUUACCUAGCAAAAGGAGGCUGAAAUAUUGCCGGAAUCUUGCCGGAAUCAGCUCGGUUUUCUCCUUUCUCUUGCUAUCACCUCCGGCAAUCCCAAACUCAGACCAAAAAGAACAACCAAGAGAACUCUUCCGAAAAGAAAAACCCUCCAAAAGAGAACCCUCAACCAAAAGAGAACCCCCAUUCUUCAAUUUACCGGUUCUUCCUAUUUAUACCCAAUCAAACAAAACCCUAACUCCCUUCUUCUCUCCUCAUCCAAACCCUUCAAUUUUUUCUUCUUUUUCGUUCCACCGUUGAUCGGGUGAGGCCAAAACUGGCCCUGCAGAACAGCCAAGAAAGCUGGAGCGUGAUGUCAUCCUGCAGGCAAGGCAAGGACAUGGUGCAGGUUUGUCUCAUGCUCGGUUGGCUGCAAGGACAAAGGUGCAGCAGCAGGGUCAACGCAGCAGGGGGCGCAGAGCAAGGGAAUCUGGGCCUGAUCGGGGCGCAGGCUCGGUGCAGGGCAGGGGCGCAGGGGUGCUGGCGCGGUGCAGAGCAAGGCCGGGAUCUGGUGCAGGGCGCGGGCUUGUUCGGGAAAAAAAACAAAUUGAUGGGGAAAGAGAAGGUUCCAGAUCCAAUUUUUUAUUUCCCCUUUUUUUUUUCGGGUUUUGGCUUAAAUGGGUUUUGGGUUUUGGGUUUGGAUAAUUUAGUGGGCUCAAUUGAAAUAGGUUGAUGUUGGGUUUGCAAAUUUGAUGAAUUUCACCCUCAAACUUUUGAUUUCUUCAAUUGAGUCCCUUGUCUUGAUUUCCUUUUCCUGUUUCGUCUUGAAUUUCGUUUUACACAUAACCCCUGAAACAAAAUAAAGAUAUGUUAGUCAA